GAUGGAAGGGUAUAGUUUUGAAUGCACCAGAAGUUACGGUUCAUUCCAUGUUUCACGUUCAUGGUCUACGGUUCAGAAUAUUACACAGAUUAGUCACAGUGCGCUAUCGAUUCUCCAAUAGUACUUUAAUUAUUUGUUCAACAUUCUUUUUCAACACCGAACACUUAUAUCUUCAUUUUCUGCAUUCAAGGAAUGGCCGAGUUGGGAGAAGAGGAAGUGGGUGAAGCCAUGGUUGCUGAUGGCCUACUUAGGCCGUCAGAGAGACUCCCGGGAAUCAGGGAGGGGAGCUUCAUUUACGGGGAUGGUAAUGGGUACUUCUACCAUUCGUCCUGGGUGAAGGAUGGGGCAAGAUACUUGGCGUGCGUCCGCAAAAAAAAAAGGCUGCAAAGCGAGAGCGAGGAUGCGCCUUGGCAUAGAUGAGCCAAUAAUCCCAACCGAAACAAGCCCGCUACACAACCACCAGCCAGACGAACUGAGGGCAGCAAAAAACCAAUUUUUGUCACGAUUGAAGGAGAGGGCUACUUCAGAAAGAACGAGAGUCUCCGAAAUAUUCGAGGAGGAAGCAAUUAGACAUCCUGAAGCAGCCAGCAACCUAUCAAAAGAAAAUGCCCAAAGGUCGAUGGGGCGGGCCAAGAAGAUCGUGGAGCCCACAGGGACCCCGCACUCAUUGGAGGAGACAAGGGAGCGGCUAGUUGGACGAGGACUCCUCGCAAAAACUAGAGAUGGGGUUGAAGAGUUCCUCCUCGAAGAGGAAUUCAUCGAGGAGGGAUGUGCGAUUGCCAUGGGCUUCGGCAGUAGACGAACAAUUCAAAUAAUGCGGCAGCAUCCGGGAGAAGCUUGUCACAUCUUCAUGGAUGCGACUUUCAAAGUGGUGCCCAAACAACCAGAGAGAUUGCGGCAACUGUUCUCUGUUCAUAUUUUAUUCAGGAAUGUGGUAUUCCCAGUUGCGUUUUUUCUUAUGCAUUCCAAAACAGAGGAACACUACACGAGAAUAUUGAGUUAUUUGAAGGAAAAUAUCAUUACCUGGGAGAUUCAACACAUAAUGACUGACUUCGAGAGGGGCCUGAUGAACGCCAUCAGUCAAGUGUGGCCAUCGCCAGGAACUCAACACCAUGGAUGUUGGUUCCAUUAUUGUCAGUCAAUAUGGAGAGCAGUUGUGAGCUACGGUCUCGUGCAAGCGACUCGUGAGGACCCCGCUCUAAAGCGAGUUAUAAAACUCAUAAUGGCGAUACCACAUUUGCCUGCUGAAGCUGGUAGUAUCCACAGCAAUGAGGUUCCGCCAUUUUCAAUUGCUGAUGGACUGGCAGCUGUAAAACGUUUCGCCAGAGAGGAGAACCUGCUCAACGAAGCACUAGCGCGUGUCUUUGCUUAUGUGAGGAGAUAUUGGCUAUUGAGAGUGGGAGCUCAACGGCUGAGUGUUUUUCGGCUGCCCAACAGAACCAACAACUGUGUGGAAAGCUUCCAUGCGAAGUUGUUGGCGGCUCUUGGACCACACUUGAAUAUCUUCGAAUUCAUUGGAGGUCUCCAGCGAAUCGAGCAGGAAUUCUAUUUCAAGCAGCUCAGAAAUGACAACAUCCUCGACCUGAAUAACCGUAAUCGCGGGAGGAUGGGUCGUUUAACUACGGCCGGAAUCGCUGACUCAAUGAACUUACUCGUUCGACGACAAAUAAGUUUGAUUGACUUUUUAAAAAGAGUCUCACAUCAGACUGACUCAUUGUUUGAUGUUUUCAACCACUCUCUACAAGCAAACGAGGGAUUAUUCGCGGAAGAACUGGAGGUUGACAUCAGAGAUGAGUGGAUAACUCUAGACGUCGAUGAGGAGGAGGACGAGGAAGAGGUGGUGGUUGUGGAAGAAGCUGCUGCCGUCCCAGCUGUUGCCGAGCCAGUCCCAGAAAGGUUGGUGCAACGAAGACCUCGCGGCCGUGGCCAAUCGCGGGGUCGUCGUGGCCAGCAGCCAAGAGGUGCUCGUGGCCGAUCUCGUCUUCAACAGCGUGGGCAAGGAAUGAACAACCGGCACAAUUUCGGCCGCUGCACCAUCUGUUUGGACCUCGAGUCAACCCAUGCGGCGAUUCCAUGCGGUCACAUCUGCAUGUGCACUCGAUGUGCUAAUCUAAAUAGACAACAUAAUCCACGGGACUUGAGAUGCCCACUGUGCAAUAUUCCGAGCACGGAAUACGUCAGAAUGUGGGCAUCGGAUACUGUGUAGAGGGUGGAGAUUUCUUUUUUGGAUAUGGCUAAUUAUCAAAGUUUACGGUAUUAAUUAAUGAAAUAGCAAUCUCAGUAGGCUACCCUUUAAAACAUCUUUAUUUCAAUAAACGACAAGUUUCAACUCUUGAGAGCCAUUUGUAAACGUGAAUUUAAAAUUUUAUUAAAUUUUUUGAUAUUUCUGCCCGUCUUUUAAUCUCUUCAUCCAACUUUUAUUGAAUUUAUAAAUAUAUUCUGUCAUUAAUUUUAUUAUUAUCAUAAUGUGUCUUAGACUGAAGACGUUUGGCGCAUGUAUAUGUACAAUGUACAUUCUAGAUCAUCAGCUACA